AGCAUCAGAGGGCGUUGCAGGAGGUUUGAUGGGAGGUUACAUAAGAAGGUGGUCGGGCCUCAGCUCAGUCUUCGUGUCACCGAUCUGGACAGGGGUCACUAGUCUCUCUGUCUCUUUUUGCUGAAGGACACAGUUGGAGAGGGGACAUACAGCAGCCAUGGCAGACAUAGAAGGGAAGAAGAAGGCCAAGGGAAAAAGUGCUACUGUCUGUGGCUACCCAAUAAGCAUCUUUUUCAUUGUGGUCAAUGAGUUCUGCGAGCGCUUCUCCUACUAUGGCAUGCGAGCUGUGCUGGUGCUGUACUUUAAGUACUUCUUGAGGUGGGAUGAUGACUUUGCUACCACCAUCUACCACACCUUUGUGGCCCUCUGCUACCUGACACCCAUCCUUGGAGCCAUCGUGGCUGAUUCAUGGCUCGGAAAGUUCAAGACUAUCAUUUACCUGUCCAUCGUUUAUGCGUUGGGACAAGUCAUCCUGGCUGUAAGCGCCAUCCAUGACAUCACAGAUGCAAACAAGGACGGUACCCCUGACAACAUGGGCUUCCACGUAGCUCUGUCCAUGGUGGGUUUGAUCCUUAUUGCCCUGGGAACAGGAGGCAUCAAACCCUGCGUGGCAGCCUUUGGUGGAGACCAGUUUGGGGACCAUCAGGAGAAGCAGAGAAGCACCUUCUUCUCCAUCUUCUACCUCUCCAUCAACGCUGGCAGUCUGCUGUCCACCGUCAUCACCCCCAUCCUCAGAGCUCAGGAAUGUGGAAUUCACACCCAGCAGAAGUGCUACCCACUGGCCUUUGGUGUCCCUGCUGCUCUCAUGGUGGUAGCUCUGAUUGUGUUCAUUGUUGGAAGUGGUAUGUACAAUAAGACAGCCCCUCAAGGUAACAUCAUGGUGAAAGUCUGCAGAUGUAUUGGGUUUGCUAUCAAGAACCGCUUCAGGCAUCGUAGUUCUCAGUAUCCCAAAAGAGCCCACUGGAUGGACUGGGCUGAGGAGAAAUACGAUAAACUCCUGAUUGCCCAGGUGAAGAUGGUGCUGAAGGUGCUGUUCCUUUACAUCCCACUGCCCAUGUUCUGGGCUCUCUUUUGACCAGCAGCUGUGUCUCCUCCACAGGGCUCAAGAUGGACGCUCCAGGCGACUACCAUGAACGGUGACUUUGGAAUACUCAUAAUCCAGCCCGAUCAGAUGCAGACUGUCAACCCUAUCUUGAUCCUGAUUUUGGUGCCAAUCAUGGACAGUAUCAUCUACCCACUGAUCGCCAAGUGCAAAUUAAACUUCACUCCAUUAAAGAGGAUGACUGUGGGGAUGUUCUUCGCUGCUCUCGCCUUCGUGGCUGCUGCUCUCGUCCAGAUACAGAUUGAUCAAACCCUGCCAAAGUUCCCAUCAAGCAAUGAAGGCCAAGCCAAGUUCAUCAACAUGAUGAACAAAUCACUGCCCAUCAAAGCUGGUGCCAACCAGUUUAUGUUGGAGUCUUUCACGGCCAAUGAGGAUUACCUGACCUUUGAUAAACCAUUUGAACUGAUUCUGGGGGAUGGUAUUCCUGAGAUGGUCAGUUUAUCUGAUGGCACUCGGAAUACCAUGGUCAUCGUUCAGGAUGGGGUCCAACCCAGGCCCAUAGCUUUCAAGGACAUCACCUCAAAGCCGGAACAGGGAGCUAAUGCUAUCAGAUUUUUGAAUGGCUUCGCCUCAACUGUGAAUGUAACAGUGCGUAACGAGGACUUUGGAGACAUUGUCACCAACAACAUGUCAAAAUAUAUUGCAGUACCACAGGGAAAUGCUGAGUUCCUGAUCAGGAAUAAUGCUGGACAAGUGUGUGUCUACAAUCAAAAAUUUGGCUUCGGCAGCUCUUACACCUACAUCAUCACGCCAACAUUCGCAUUUGGACCAAAUUGCCAAGAGGGCAUCCGACCAGUGCUGGACAUCAGGCCCAACUCCAUACACAUGGCUUGGCAGAUUCCUCAGUACUUCCUCAUCACUGCAGGAGAGGUGGUCUUCUCUGUCACUGGCUUGGAGUUCUCCUACUCACAGGCACCUAGCAACAUGAAGUCUGUGCUGCAGGCUGGUUGGCUGUUAACCGUUGCUGUAGGGAACAUCAUUGUGCUUAUUGUCGCAGAGGCUGCAACACUCCCAGAUCAGUGGGCUGAGUACAUCCUCUUUGCCUCUCUGCUGGUGUUGGUGUGCAUCAUCUUUGCCAUCAUGGCCUAUUUCUACACCUACAUUGACCCGACCAAGAUAGAAGCUCAGUUUGCCCAGAAGGAGCCUGACGAGAAGCAGAAGAGGAAGAGUCUAGAGAUGGCCAGGAAGGACUCAGUCGAGCACUACAAAGGGGACAGACGCAGUUCUGACUCCAGUUCUGACUCCAGCUCUGACGAGGACGACGUAAUCCAGCAGUCCAAGAUGUAAAGGGACCCCUCUCCACAGCUUCUCCCUCCUCUCAUACAAAUCCUACUUGGUUCUGUGUUUCAUGCCUGAGAGUGCCUGUGCCAGUUAGUUCUUUGGUCAUUUUGUCAGUAGCUGAUCAGUGCACUGCUGUACAUGUAGUGGUUAGAAUGGAUGACCGGAGUGACAUGGUGCAGAGGUUGUAAGAACACAGAAAUAGGGCUUAGAUUGUUAAGCUCUCAGUGGUCAGUAUUAGUGACGGAUCUUGGCAGGGAUAAUUCAAACACUAUUAUUUAUAUUUCUAAAUCUUGAAAGAAUAUUGCUUUUUUAGAAGUUACUACUACAAAUAAAAUCCCUGGGUCUUUACUGGUUAUUAAUUUACAAUCCUGCUGUUGUAAAUUUGUUUUUAUGAUUUAUUUUGCACUGUGUAGCAACACCUAAAUGUAAUGUUUGUUUCAUAGUAUUUUGUAAUGCACUGGAGUACACAUACAAAGAAACCAUUCCAACAUUUGUAUUUAUUUCCAAGCACAGAGUUGUAUGUAUUGUAAUAUAUUGUCACUAUUGUGUACAUGAUGUCCUCAUCUGCUCCAGGGUAAAGUCUAACACCAAAGGCUGACACGUUUAAUCAUAUUCCACAUUCAAACUCAGAUUUCAAUUUGGCCUCACACCCAACCCAUACACAUGAAGCAAUUGUCAGUAAUUAUCUGUAUUAGCAGUGGUUUCAUUAAACCUGUAAAGGCAUAAUUUCAAAUAAAUUUCUUUUUCUGAAUACAAA